AUGAGCCAAUAUGAUCUGCCAUACCACUGCUUUCUCGACACCGUCCAUGUCAAGCGCGUGUUCCCGGUGGUGGUGGGCUAUCAUGUUGUUACCAGCCUCUUCUUCAGCUACAUCUUUGUCCCGCACGCCCUGCUCGUCACUCUCCCAGCCAUAAUCGUCUGUGCCCUGGCCGUCGUCGCCUUCACCAAGCGUAUACCAAAUUUGCUGCUGCCUUUUCGGAUCUACGUGUACUUCUCCAUCUUUUUCCUGCUCUUCCUCGGUGCCUACAUGUUCUUCAUCAGCAUCUUCAACAAGGAGAAGCAUGAAUGGAUCGCCGAGUCGUUGUUCUCGCCCAGCGUCGAAUUCUUUUCGAUUGCCUUCCACUUGGUGUCGAACCUGGCGACGUUGCUCGCCAUGUGGCAGCUCUCGCUAAUUUCCACGACUGCCAAGUACUUGCGACAUCUUCAGCAAGGUUCCGAUACCGUGACGUUGUCGCUACCACCGGUGAACGAUCCGAUGUCGGCGGUCCUUGUU